AUGAGGGGAUUGUUUCCUUUCCCCCCUCUCUCCCUCUUUCCCUCCCUCCUUCCCUCCCUCUCUCCCUCUUUCCCUCCCUCCUUCCCCACAUUGACACAACCUGCUCCUCAUUCUCUCAGCUCCUCUCCUUCCAUUCUCUCCCUCACACAGUUUCCUUUCCCCCCUCUCUCCCUCUUUCCCUCCCUCCUUCCCUCCCUCUCUCCCUCUUUCCCUCCCUCCUUCCCUACAUUGACACAACCUGCUCCUCAUUCUCUCAGCUCCUCUCCUUCCAUUCUCUCCCUCACACACUUUCCUUUCCCCCCUCUCUCCCUCUUUCCCUCCCUCCUUCCCUCCCUCUCUCCCUCUUUCCCUCCCUCCUUCCCUACAUUGACACAACCUGCUCCUCAUUCUCUCAGCUCCUCUCCUUCCAUUCUCUCCCUCACACACUUUCCUUUCCCCCCUCUCUCCCUCUUUCCCUCCCUCCUUCCCUCCCUCUCUCCCUCUUUCCCUCCCUCCUUUCCUCCCUCUCUCCCUCCUUUCAUCAGAAGCUGUGCUCGCACGAACCUUGCAGCACCGCUCUCCACCUCUGGACGGCACCGAGUCCUCUCCCACUCCCCCCACUACCAAGCGCCUGGAGCUCUGCCUCGUUCAGAGCCGUGA